CCGCUAUUCACAAUGGCGGCCACAACAAAGUUUUUGAGAUGCGUUCCCUAAAAAAUGCCCAAAUAAGCCAGAUAAUAGUAUUCAAAAUUUAUAUUUUUUGACGGCAAACGAUAAACGAAGUCUUGUAAACCUUGUGAUAUUGAAAAGUUGAAUUGAAAUGGAUUACCCAGGCCAUGGUCAUGGUCAUGGUGGGCCUCACCAACAACACGGUCAUGGUGGACACGGCCACGGAGGUCAUGGACAUGCACAUGGUCAUGGUGAAAUACCGCCCGAGCACUACCAGGAUCUUUAUGCGGGAGCUCAGUCCUUGCCAGUCGAAUACUCUGAGGUCCACAACGUGAUGGUUGAUGGGCGUGAUAGGCUCUCAGUGUCUGCUGUGGCGUUUGAUACGCAGGAGGAGUUGCUAUGGAUGGGCAACCAAGGGGGACAUGUCACCUCGUACUACUCGCAGAGCAUGCAGAAAUACACGUCGUUCCAAGUUCACCAGCAGAACGAGGUACGCCAGGUGUUGCCGAUGGAGCAUGGCAUCCUCUCUCUGAUGCAGGACACUGUCAGAUGUUCGAGCAGGUUCGGCCAGACUGUUUACAAUUUCAAUCAUCCUGCUAUGCAUAACAUGCAGUGUAUGAUCCAGACUGGAGCAACUAACAUCUUGAUGGGGGGACAUCAGACAGAAAUGGUCGAGUUCGACUUCAACACUGCUCAAGAACUGCGCAUGGUGCAAGUGAAUGAUCCAGGUUGUGCCAUACUUCGUCUGUCGAGUCGUUACAUCUGUACUGGAGAUACGAGUGGAAAGGUUACCCUCCGAGAUCCCAACACCUUGAAAGCUGAGCAUGUCCUGCCCGCACAUUCAGCAACGCUGUCCGACUUUGAUGUCCACGGCAACCUUCUGGUGACAUGUGGCUUUUCAAACAGAGAGAGGCUGAAUAGUAUAGCGGUAGAUCGUUACAUCAAGGUCUACGAUCUGCGUGUGAUGAGAGCGGUGGCGCCACUGCACACACAGAUCGAUCCGAUGUUCCUCAGGUUCGUGUCGCCAUAUUCUGACAAGUUGGCUGUCGUGUCUCAGGCUGGUCAGUUUGUAAUGAUGAACACUGCUACGGAAAGCAAUGAUUCGAUCUUCAUGUACCAUGUCAACACAGGUGGCGCGCCCGUCUUGAGCUUCGAUGUGUCAACAAGUUACCAGUCGCUGGCGUUUGGCGAUGGCGGUGGUUACAUUCAUUUGUUUACAUCGAGUGACAAUGCCGUCUUCAACACGUAUUCCCAUCAUCCUACAUUCGCUGACCCGCCCCAGGGAAAUGGCGGGAAAGACUUUGCCAUGCCACGUGACCGGGCAGCUGGACAACGUCAAAGUCAAAGAACUGUGGAGCCACUGCAGCCCUUUCAGUUUAAUGAUGAGAUUACGCCGUAUGGAAUCAUUCCGAUGCAGUAUCCGGCACAAGGCAAGAUGUUCUCACAAUAUCCGGACUACCUUCAAAAGAUGGUUUACCGCAAACCACAGGCGAUAGAUCCUGAAGUCUUACGAACAGUCAAGUACAACCAAAACAUCGGUUAUGCUCCAAAUCCAGGCAAUAGGCGUAGAAAUCAGGUCCAGUACGACAUGGGCAAGGGUGCUGGAAGAGGUGGGGGUGAUAGCAGAGGAAAGAAGGGCGUGCCAGACUCUCCAAUCGGCAGAGGUGAUGAUCCGUUCAUCCAAGUCCCAAAGAAAUACAGGAAAGUGGAAAUCAAGUAUUCGAAGCUGGGUGUGGAAGAUUUUGACUUCCGUCAUUACAACAAGACCAACUUUGCCGGUUUAGAGACACAUAUUCCCAAUGCUUACUGCAAUUCUAUGCUACAGACCUUGUAUUUCAUCGAGCCAUUGCGUGUGGCCAUGAUGAACCAUCUCUGUCAGAAAGAGUCGUGUUUAGCAUGUGAACUGGGCUUCUUGUUUUACAUGUUGGACUUACAGAUAGGACAGACAUGCCAGGCCAAUAACUUCUUGCGAGCUUUCCGCACGAUCCCCGAAGCGUCUGCCCUCGGUUUAAUCCUCGGUGACCAGGAAGAAUCGAUGGGAAAAGUCAACUACACCAAGCUGAUACAAAGCUGGAAUCGAUUCGUCUUACAGCAAGUUUUCACGGAGACGUCGAAAGUUUCAUCUGGGAAUGACGGUGGGGAGAAAGCACCACAGGCAGCUGUUGCAGGAUCAGAAGAUGGGGCCAAUUCAGCUGAAGCAAAGUUGGACAAAGACUUAGAAGAAAUUGAGAACGCCUUGGAAAACUUCAAAUUAAAAACAACUGAGGAGAAGACGUACAUUGAAAGGUUGUUCUGCACCUAUAUUAUCAAUACAUUCAAAUGCCGCUGCAGCCGCGAAAUGAGCCGCGUCUCGGAGACGUUGUCUUUCAACUUGGUGUAUCCGGAUUGUUCUCCAAGAGGUCCUGACAAAGAGCCUCGACCUGUUCUGUUCUCGGAAGUGCUGGAGCACACCAUAUGUUCGGAACAGACAACACAGGCUUGGUGCAGCAACUGCAGUCGAUAUCAGCCUCAUACACAAUCUAAGAUCAUCAAGAAUCUUCCUGAUGUCUUGGUGUUUAACUGUCAGGUGAACACUGCUAAAGAGACCGACUUCUGGCGAAUCCAACAAGACCUUUUAAAGGAGCAGAUUGAGGAGAUGCCUGACGCGGAGGCAGCACAGAUAUUGGCAGCUGCUGGGAUCAAGUUGUGUCGUUAUGGCCGAGCUUGCACAAGGAAGGACUGUAAAUUCAGGCACGAAAUCAACCCAGCUGAUUUAGAGAAUCCUGACUUGGACAUAGAGCCCAGGUAUCCCUCGUGGGUGCCGUACGGCAUCAGGGUAAAACUCCUUCCCAAUGGCAAGCUGGAAAUACAGAACAGACCAAAAGAUUUGGACGACAUCACUGCCGACGCUUCUGAUUCGAUAGUCUACUAUGAUCUCCUCGCGACGAUUGCUCAUGUGACCGACCCGAAGACUGGAGGGAACCUGGUGGCACAUAUCCAUGGUGGCGACCUCUAUCAUCAGAGGAAGGAGAAGGUCACGUGUACGCAAUGGUACCUCUUCAACGACUUUGCUAUCCAUCCGAUUGAAAAGUAUGGUGCUGUGUAUUUCAACCUCGACUGGAAGAUGCCGUGUACAAUCUACUUCAUCAAGACGAAGAUAAAUAAAUACUAUGACCUGAAGGUGAAGAAUCCUGUCACGUCCGAUGUGCUCCUUGAGUACGCAUCGCUCGUGACGCCAAGAAGACGCAACAUGACCUUCACCCCCCUGAUGCCUGAUGAGAUGCCCAAGGAGGGAGAGGUGGUCGGUCUCGACGCUGAGUUUGUCACUAUCAACCAGGAGGAAGCGGAGAUCCGUAGUGAUGGCACGAAGUCUACGAUUAAACCGUCGCAGAUGACGGUGGCGAGGAUUACCUGCGUGCGUGGUAGCGGCCCGAUGGAGGGGGCACCCUUCCUGGAUGAUUACAUAUCCACUCAAGAGCAGGUCGUUGACUAUCUUACGCAAUUCUCUGGAAUCAAACCCGGUGACCUAGAUGCCAACAUUUCAUCCAAGCAUUUGACAACGCUAAAGUCAACAUACAUAAAACUGCGCCACCUUCUGGAUCUUGGGGUAGUCUUCGUCGGCCAUGGCCUCAAGAAAGACUUUAGGGUUAUCAAUCUUGUGGUUCCUCGCAAUCAAGUAGUAGACACUGUGGAGCUCUUCCAUCUCCCGAGGCAGAGGAUGAUUUCUCUCAAGUUCCUCGCAUGGUAUUUCUUGAAUAUGAACAUUCAGGGUGUCACUCAUGACUCCAUCGAGGAUGCCAGGACUGCGUUAAAACUCUACCAGAAGCACAAAGCGCUGAUGGCAGAGGGCGCCGAAAAGUGGCGCGAUGCUCUCAACGACCUCUAUGAACAGGGCAGGAAACUACAAUGGAAAAUCCCUGACGCAGAGGAGCAAUAGAUGAGACAGUUAGAUGGGUCCAGUUGUGUGCAAGAUUUGUACAAAUUAAUACAGCUGUAUCCCACCCCCAGGAUUCAAAAUGGACUAAGCCAGUAUACAGUGAAUGCAUUGGAAUGAUUUGUCUUAUUUUAGACAUGUAGGGGUAGUAUGGUGAUGGAUGUGUAAUGGUCAGUUCUGUUCAUUUUAACCCUUUUAUGGCCCGUAGACAGAUUUUCAUUGUUAUGGAGGGACGGUAUCUUUCAGAAGUGAAGAAAAUCCUAAUUAUUCUGUUGACGAAGAAAAUUUGGGUGAAACUUUUGUCUGAAGAUGUUUACUCCCAAAACAAUUUUUAACAGCCUGGUUCAGUGUCUAGUUUUGUUGUCAUCUUUUUUCAAAGUCAAGAAGAAUACCUAAAAGACUAAAAAAGCUUAGAAUUGCUGGGAAAAGUUGUCAGUAUUUUACUUCAAAGAACUUGUUCUUGUUCUAUCUUUCUUAGAUACUCAAACAAAAAGUCACUCGUCCUUGAAGGGUUAGAAAUAAGAACUUGAUCUCUCGUCCCUCCAAGGGUCGGACAAAAAAAUGCGCUCUGUGAGCAAAUCUCUGGGAAUGAUAGCACAACAUUAUCAAAUCAAUUUGUUUAAGCAUGCCCUAAACCUGAUUUUUUGGACCAUGUUUUAUUCGCGAAAAAGUUAUUUUGGUAUUUGUUACAGGCCAUUUUGACCACUUUGGUAGAAUUUGUAAGCAGUAAUUCAAAUUCUUUAUUUCAGGAACAUUUUGAUUUAGCUUCUUGCUGUUGAUUAGGUCUUUUCGUAAUCUCUUCGCCCAGCAUUUACAAAACUGCCCAAUAUUGUCAACAGUGGUUUAGGCUUUAAAAGCUGCGUUUAGUGGCCACCGGAUGAAAUCAGAAACGGCCUACCAUACAUUUGUCUUUUUACAUGAUCAGGCUGUUUUCUUCCCAAACACGUGAAAAACAAUAUGGGCCCUCUUGAUUCAAAAACUGAGGCUUAUCCAAUGGUGCCUGGAUACCGGUAUUUCAAAUCUUCUAAAGGCGCGAGACUGUUUGGACUUGGAACAAUUCUCAACUUUAAAUUAAGACAUUGCCCACCCUCGACUUUUCUUCCAAUUUUGUUGAUAUUGAAUUAUGAAAGAGUUUGUUUGAUGUACAACUUGGCCAUCAUGGGUUUUAGGAGAUUUGAUCUUAGUAUGAUAAUUUUUCUGUGCUGAACGAUUAUUUGUAUUAAAUGUAAAUUUUGACUAUUUUCUGUGUCUCAAUUAUGACGUUCCUCACCGGGUAACCCCCAACAUCGUUAACUAGGUGUUAAGUUUUAAAAUCUUUUGUUAGCACGCAGUCUUCGUUAGUAAUUUCACUCAAUGUAUAAAAAGUAACUUGUUGUUUUCGCAAAAAACUUAAUUUUGUAACAACCCCCAUCGUGUCAUCUCCUUUUGGGUUUUCUGUAGCCUACAACUGAGGCCAGUUCUCUCAGAGUGGAUGUUCUCCCUCCCCAGUUACCUCUCAGUUAUGGAAGAUCUGCCAUUACUUUUGAAAGGGAAAAGCUGUCUGGCUUAACAUUUGAAUCAGGUGACACAGGAACGGGGUACAAUCGUAACCCUUUUCACAUAUUUCGGUUACCCCCCAAUACUUCAGUAUUUGUAUUAGAUCUAAAUUUUAAUUUUAGCAACGGAUGAUAUGCAGAUUUAGAUGAUUUUUGCACGUAGCUUUUGAUUUUGUUGCCGUAGAGAGUGUGUUCAACCGUGAAAUGAUUCAAUCAGUAUGUGCUAGCAUCAAUAAUGAUUGAUUGAUCUAUUCUUAUGCCCCCUGGUGAUUGGAUCAGGAACCAAUCUCUUCCUUGAUAUCCUUGCUUGAUAUCUCCCCUUAUUUUCUCGAGCGAUUGUAGAUAUAUUAAUAAAAACAAUUAAGAGCAUUUGCAAGGUUGCACUGAAUGAUUUAGCUAAUUGUAUUUUGAAAAUGCCACGUAACUUUAAGAUGCCGCAUUUGAAAUUGGUUUCAGUUGUGUUGUUUUUUUGGUGAUAGACCACUGGGUCUUGUGAUUGACCGAGUUGAAGCCUACUCAACAAGGCCUAGUUGUUUGUACAUAAAAAGAAACAGGAUGACUCGCAGUGUAGAUUCCUCAGGGCACUUUCACUGGCUCUUUCCAAAGGCACAUGUGCAGCUUCCGAUGCUGUAUGAAAGCUGUAUUUUGAUUGGUCCGAUUGAGUUGUUCAUCAAUAUCAGCCAAUCACAACCGUCCUCUGUGUCGGUUUGAGUGUCCUAUUGAAACUAAUGGAGAAUUGACAUUGAGUCAUCACUUUUCUUUUUACGGAGACAGCGCAGCAUUUGUGAGUCGGCUAUUCGAGACUCUGUGGAUAAAGUGAUUUGGCCACAGCAAUGAACCCUGUGUGAUUUCUGUGUCAGCUUCUAUCGCUUCAGAAAUUUGUUUAGUUUCUUUCGUAAUGAUCACGUCUUAUUGGUAUUUUCCGCUUUACUUUCUCCGUAUUUCUUGACGCAAAUCCGCAUUUUUUUUUUCCGAACCCUAUGCUUUCACAAAACUUUGAUGUAAUUAAAUGUAUCCAGUAGUCUCCUUGUUAAUGUAUCGGCUUUGAUGGGAUUUAGAAAUUCGUUGGUUAAUUAUGAGCAUUAGUUUUCUAGUGAAUAUAUAGUGACAUUAAUGUACAUAAUUUUAUGGUAUUUUGUUGAGCCUUUUCCAUGUAAGACUCUAGUUCUGUACAGCGUUUGAACAUUGUACUAGGUAGAUGAGGGGAGUCCAUUUCUAAUCAGUCUGGUAUUGGCAAUAUUUCACAAAAUUCUAGUGUGGCUAAAAAGGUGAAAAUUUAUUUUAAAAUUCAACUCAAUUAUGGUUUAAUCAUCCUCAAUGGAGAGAAGUUCCAUAUCAACUGUCGGCUGUAAACCAUGAAAUUAUCUCAGCGAAGGUAUUGCCGAAAAACAUCUUUGUGUGGUAUUAUACUAGCAAAAGCACAUUUUCCCCGAAUUGAUGCCGCACAAAAUAUCUUGGUUUACAGUUUAUUUGCCUGCCGUCUGCUAUUGGUUGUGGAAUUUUUUCACCCGUCGAUAGAAUUGGUCACUUGGCUUGACAUGUCUGCGUGUUGGUAUUGACCCUCUAAGGUAUUGAGUGACGUCUUCCUAGCAAGGGUGUUAGGUCAACCCCAAGUCGACCGCACAAAAGUAAUUUGAAGGGGUUGAAGUAACUCCCUGGAUAUUAUCUUGGGUCACUCAAUAGCGGUCUUUCCUAUAAAGUUAUACCACUUUGAAUAUAGUGAAGUAUCUUAUUGUAAGAUUGUCUCUGUUAAAGGGAGAAAUAUUGUCCUUGUUAUUUGGAAGUUGUUAAAAAAAGAUUGCACUGGCGGCCAUCUUUUUUGAGCCGACUCUACCAGGACUGAGGACUGUCAAAUUUGACAUAUUCCACAUUACAACAUGCUGAACUGGGCUGUUAAAAACAAUUUAAGCCAUCACAGAGUUGUAAAUUUUCGAGCUUUUGAACAACUGGGCCCAGGUCUACCAUAAACCGUUGGAUUUCCACUGUACUAAAUAUUCGACAAUUUCGUGUGAUCUGUUUUCCCUAAAUCGAUGGAGGUCCUGACAGUUAAGCCGUAUCAUGAUUAUUUUCACAAUUUCAGUUUUGAUCCCACUUUGCAAAAUUGGAAUAAAACUCUCCAAAAACUUCCUUUAAUAUUAGAGGCGGAAUUGAUAACCUGUUGCUAUGGUGAUAAAUUCAGUUUCCAUAGUCACGUUGUGUUUUGUUGCCAUUUCCAUAGCAACACCCUCAGUCCUCAAAGGGUUUGUAUUGUGUUUUGAAAACGGGGUUAUAUUGCUUAAUAACCUGAUCUGUUCAUGAACAGACCUGCCUAUGUAAUCUUGUUGAAUAAGGUGUACUUAUCAGUGCAUUAUCAAGUGAAUGUGCUCUUCUUGAAUUUUGUCCCUUCUCAAAGUAUUGUGCCCAGGUGCAAGUAGUCAAAGCACUAUUUGAAUACCGUGUACCUGUACUUGUAUGAGGUUAGAGGAAGCAUGGCUGAAAUAUUCGACCGGAUGUCUUGUUGUGACCGCUUCCGGACUUUUAGAAUUUUCUAUGAAAAAUACCAAUUUGGCUGAAGAUUUAUGUAAAAAUAUUUGAACACUUAGAGUGAAACUUGCACACAAUUUGUAGGCACCUAUUAUAAGGUAGAUCACAACUCGGAAUAAAAUUUGAGGGUAGGCAGGUCUGUCUGUGGGUGGUCUUGCACUUUGUAUAUGUUUGACAUCUCUGUAUUUUGUAUAUGUACUAAAUCUCCUUGUUAUAACAAGACAUCAACGAGAUGAAAUGUGAAAAGGCAGUACAUAUGUUGUCAAUAAAAUGAAUUUGAAAUGUCUAUAUCAUA